AAACAUCAGCUUCAGCCUUGUCCUGGAUGUACCGUGACAAUAUUUGCUCUUCAUCGCCAUUAUGGAUACUCCACAGGACGAAUUCAAAGGCUUUGGAGGUGGCUUCGAAGGCUUUCCAAAGAGACUGCCUGAAGACUGUGUGGAGUAUUCGCUUUUUAUCAUUGACUCUAGACUCAAGUCUCAGAAAGAGCUGCUUGGGAAACUGGAAGAAGUCCGGAAAGAGUCUCUGAAGUUGACAGGAAGCUUGUUGAAAGAAUACAUAUGGCAGCGCGAGGCAUUCAAGUUGGAGCUGGAAAGUGGUAAAGGACUUAUGUACCUACACGGUCUCACGAACUACGGCGAUUCGGUCGAGGAUGAAUGGCUCAUUGUAUAUAUCCUCAAACAAUUAAGCACCAAGUUCUCAAAUCUCUGGGUCAAAGUUGUGGAUACAGAUGGCGAAUUCUUGUUGAUAGAAGCCGCCAAUGCUUUGCCACGUUGGCUAAAUCCUGAGAUAGCUGACAAUCGGGUAUGGAUCAAUAAUAAUAGACUCCGUAUCAUCCCCCUGAGUGCAGCUCCCGCUUCGUCUGCGGCCAAGGCUACAGCACCAGUCUCAAGACCUCUUACUCUUGAAGAAGCCAACAAAACCAUUGCGUCCACUCCCCAGAUACUCAUAAACUCUCCCUUACUUGAGGAGGAGGCCUUCUAUCGGAUCCGAAAUUAUCCAGCUCAGAUCACAACAUCUCUGCACCAUUCACCUAUCACGAUUCCAAGGAAAUUGGCCUACCUCUUGCAUGAUCGGCCUGCAUCCAUCGCUCCAGCGGUAGAAGCUUUCUAUCUUCGUGACCCGGUUGCGUUGAAGCCUUUACAAAGCAGUUCUGCGAAUUUGAUUUUUCCUCCUAUCAACCUUGUGACAGUGUCGACACGGUUUACAAAGGUUCUCUAUGCUCAGCUCAAAUCGCAGCAGUUUGCAGCACCAGCAUCAUGGAAGGAUAUCCUGUCUAAGUCUGGAAGUCACGCCGCAUCUGACCACAUCGGUGUCAAAAUCCACGCGCAGCAUGAGUUGGGCAUGAAAGUCACUUCCGGCUUUGAGAUGUUGCUUACCGAUCCUAAGAAUGGAGAUAAUCGUAUGGUCCGAGAAUUGAAAAUUCUGCUGGACGACCUCGAAACCGACGAUGACAUUGUUCUACCCACAGAUGAAGAUAUUUCUAAGUGGAAGGAUGUGAAACGAGAAGAUGACGAGACUUGGCUGGACAUUAACUUUGAGGACUUUGAAAGAGAAUUAGAAGGGAAGAAUAAAGGUGACAAGACGCCAGCGGCUCCUGGCGUUUUUGGACCUGAACCUCCGCCAGGAUUUGGCGAUGCCAAGACCCAAGCAGACCUGAAGAAAAUGGUUGAGCGAUUCGAAGCAUUUUUAAAUGACGAUGACGCUGGUAUCGAUGGUGCUGAAAUGGAUGACAUGGAUAUCGACGACGACGAUGAUGAGGAAGACGAUGAUGACAGUGAGGAUGAGGAUAAAGAUGUUAGCUUUGAUGAGAAAGAGUUUGCGAAAAUGAUGAGGGAGAUGAUGGGAAUGCCUUCAGAAGAGGAGAAUGACACAGGUGCCAGAUCGUCCAGACCUGUACAAAAUCAUAUGAAUCGAAAAAGGAUACAGGAACUCGAUAGCAGCGACGAUGAAGAUGAUGAGGAUGAAGCUGCCGAGCUUAAGAAAGUGAUGGAUCAAAUGGAGGCCGAACUAAAUGAGGCUGGCGCCCUCAAUCUGGACCCCACGCCAAGAAAGCUUGCGGCACUCAAAGGCAAAUCGACAUCAGAAAAGGAUCGGGUGCAGAAAUCCAGUGAAGACACGGAUGAUGAUGACAGCGACAGCAACGAAGAGAUCGAUAUCGAUUUUAACCUAGCCAAGAACCUACUCGAAAGUUUUAAAAGCCAGGCCGGCAUGGCAGGUCCUGGAGGGAACCUCAUGGCAAUGAUGGGUAUGCAAUUACCUCGAGAUGAAGACGAUGCGGCACCGAAUCAGAAGCAAAAUUGAAUGGAUGCGAUGAUCAUUGACCUCGUUACAUGUUCCAUGGGUAUCACCACACUUCAACCUUCAAUAUGCUAACUAUGCCCAAACGCCAACGCUAGUAUGCUGCAGACUUUCCCUUCUCUUCCAUCUAUUUCUCAUCAAGUUUCUGCCUUUUCGCAGCACUCAAGAUAUCCAUCGACAUGCUCCGUACCCGUUUUAUGGCUUCGUCUUCGUCGUUAAAUAGUUCGUCAAGCUCUUUCAAUGCACUCGUCAAUUUCCUUCUGCCUUCCAGCUCCCGCUUACUACUGUCGCUCUGCGGCCUGUAGUAUUCCGUCACGAUAGCUACAAUGGCUCUGUAGCACUGGUAUAGCAGCAAUCUGCCCUCUUUGUUCUCUUCGUCCUCGAUCACUUCGUCACCACCUUCGAUCCAACCUUCAAGAAACUCCUCGCUUGGGCUUUCGAAACAACUUGAUACCAAGGGAUCUCCAAAUACACCUUGACUCCAGUUCCGAAGUCCUGUCAAUGUGACUUCUUCAAUUGGCCCGUCUAAUUCGUCUGCUUCGAUCGUCCGUUCCACCAUCACAUUCGCUUGGUUGACGUUGAUGAUAAUAAGCCUUGGCAAUUUGACCGCGUCUAGUCUCCACGAGAGUCGUCUGUAGUGGGCACGAAUGGUUUCGUACGGCAGCAGAACAGACAUAUCUUCUCCAUCCCUCAAAAUAGCUUCGAGUAGGGUGUUGAAAGCUUCGGACCACGUCUCUGAGCCCACGAGUUUCGGCAUCGUCGAUGACUGUUUGAUGCUUGGUGGGUCGGGAAGUACCCGAUUCGCCAUCCCAAAAUUUCCAUUGGGUGACUUUAUCGAAGCAAGCGUUCGAACAAAGGAGCCAACUUGUUUGUCAAUUGAGAGCCGGCUGGUAACACUGAGUGGUGGAGCUAGCAAUGAAAUGGGUGUUCCCCUCGUUGGCUCGAGAAUGCUGUAUGGAUAUGGCGUCUCCUUCCUAUUCGAGGAAUGCUGGAGAAUUUUCGGGACCAGCCCUGAUAAUUGUAAGGAUUUUGAACAAAAUUCUUCUUCAUCAUCAUCAUCAUCAUCAUCAUCAUCAU